AUUUAACCCUGAUUUAACGCUUUUUUGUUCGUUGUUUCAUUCCAGAUUCAUUUUUGUGCUUUCAAAGAUCACUCAGCGAGUUGCUGUGUAACUUCAGAUUUUCAAUUGAAAGAAAAAAAUCUAUCAAAAAGAGAUUCCAUGUGAAUUGGUACUCUCACUUAUGCAGGCGGCCUAUUAGAAAUGAACUCACCUGAUCCUUACGGAUGUUUAGUGAAUGAGAGCAAGAUCAUUGAGAAGCAUACAGAACAAAGGCUGCAAAAUGAUCACAAGAUGGAUAAUCUCAUUCUUUUGGUCUACAUUGUGCUCUUGACACUUUCUGUCAUAACUAUAUGGGUAUUUAAACACAGACGCUUUCGUUAUAUUCAUGAGACCGGACUUUCAGUGGUGUAUGGUAUGUUAUGCUUUUAUUUUCUGAAUUCCAGGGCUCAUCGUCGGCAUUAUACUUCGAUAUGCAAUCAAAUCUGCAGAGUUUUCAGUGGUGUCACAUGUUCUUUUAAGGAAGUCGGAUGAAGCAUGUGGUCGCUUACCUCCUGAAAGGUUGAUCAUCGAAUUACCAGUUCAUGAUCAGUAUGGGAAGUUAAAUCUAAGUAUGCUGUUUCGGUACAAGUUUGAACAGCAGUCAGAUGUUGACUCACUAAUAAAUGAUAAGGCUACCUUCGACCCGGAAUUUUUCUUUAAUGUUCUGCUACCUCCUAUAAUCUUCUCGGCAGGAUAUAGCAUGAAGCGCGGUCACUUUUUCAAAAAUAUCGGGGCUGUGCUUACCUAUGCAUUUGGUGGCACUUUGUUGUCUUCCCUAGUUGUUGGGACACUGUGCUAUGGAUUUACUCGUGGGAUCAGCUCAUUGUCAUCAAACUUGCGUCUUUCAGACUGUCUACUGUUUGGUGCAAUUAUAUCCGCAACCGACCCUGUAACUGUCUUGGCCAUUUUUAGUGACCUGAGGGUUGACGUCAACUUGUAUGCGCUAGUUUUUGGGGAGAGUGUACUUAAUGAUGCUCUAGCAAUCGCCUUAGCUCAGUCUAUUGAGCAAUAUGGAACACUUUCUGCUGGCAAUUUUGACGGUUAUGCACUUUUGUCUUCUAUACUGGAUUUCUUUGCGAUGUUCGGGGGCUCUUUGAUAAUCGGCGUUUUUGUUGGCUGCGUUACUUCACUCCUUACAAAAUUCACACACAUCAAGGAACAUCCUCUCCUCGAAACAACUCUCUUUGUACUUAUGUCUUAUAGUACGUUUCUUUUCGCUGAGGCUGUUGGCCUUACCGGUAUUGUUUCUGUAUUAUUCUGUGGUGUAACACAAGCCCAUUAUACUUACAACAAUCUGUCUGAUGAAUCCAAAGUGUGGACAAAAUCCUUUUUUGAACUUCUGAAUUUCUUAUCUGAAAACUUUGUAUUUGCCUAUAUUGGUGUUUCAACAUUCACUUUCCGUCAUCACUAUUGGGAUAUCCGAUUUGUACUUAUCACAUUAUUCGCAUGUGUAAUUGCCCGAGCUGUCAGUGUAUACCCGUUAACAGCUCUAAUAAACUUCUGUCGCAGUUAUCAUUGUUCAUGUACUUCAAAUUGUUUAAAAAGAAAGUCUAAUGCUUAUUCUAUCGAUAAAGGUAUAAUGCCUGGAUCAUCAUCUUUGUCAUCAAAUACAAUGGAAUCAACUGAUGUUUCGAUUACUUCAGCUGGUGGCGGUGGUGGUGGUGAUAAUAGAAAGAGAGCUGUUAACAAAAUUACUCUGAAUUUUCAACAUAUGAUAUUUUUCUCAGGACUUCGAGGUGCUAUGGCAUUUUCAUUAGCCAUUCGUAAUACAAGUUCUGAAAUACGUCGUAUGUUUUUCUCAACAACUAUUGUAAUUGUUGUGACUACAGUGUUACUUGGAGGUUGUUUCGCUAUGUCUUUACUGCAUCGAUUAAAUAUACCUGUCGGUGUAGACUCUAGUAAUGAGAAUCAUAUGCACGCAGACACAGAUGAAAACCAAUACGAGAAUCGUGGUUGUUGUAGUUCUCGGUGGAUACGUUUCGAUAAAUUUUAUUUAAAACCACUGCUUACGCAUAGCAAACCACCAUUGACAGAAUCUUUACCAUCAUGCUGUUAUAAAUGCGCUAAAGUACUCACAACUCAUGAACAAACCAAUGAAACAUUUGUAGACAAUGAUGGAAAUGAAAGGACUUCUCUGGAGAAUUCUAGACAUGAUAGUACAACUGUAUUUUAUUCGCAUGACAAAGCAUCAAUCAAUCCUACGCUUAAUAUACAUACUGUUAAAGUACAACCUGUUAAACUUGAAAAUUCAAAAAUGUUUCAAGAUCCCUUAUAUUUCAAUGAAGUUAUGUGAAUUUUUUCUAUCAAUGGGAGCAAUAUAAUGACAAAAUAAUGACAAAAGAGGUAAUAAGCAACGAUAAAAGUGUAAUAGUUACUCCUGGUCAGAUAAAUUAUAUCCUAUUCUAUUAUUACUAUUACUGCAUUUCUUCACAUACGUGUGUGUGUGUGUGUGUGUGAAUAAAAUAGUACUCUGCAUCAUAUUUUUCCAUGUCAUUUUUUGUGUGUUAAAUUUCCUUAUAUUGAUUAUUUAAAAAAAAGAAUAACUGAUGUGAUAACUCUCCCUAUUCUUCCCCUUCUUCUAUGAAUUGGUUACAUUUUAAAUGAAAUGUAUGCAUAAUAUGCAUGCCAUUUGGAAAAGCAUGUACAUAGACAUUUGAAAGUGUCAGUGUCGCCUUUAUCCAUCUAGAUUAGAGUAUAGAUAAAAGAGUAAAAUUUUGAUUCAUUUCUGAUGAUGAUAUCAUUAUUUGUUAUGCUUCUUCUUUCUUUUUAUUUCUUCAACUGCUCUAUUUGCCUUACUGCUUUGUACAUUACAUACAGUUAGUUCACCUGUACUCAAUCUGUGUUAGGUUAUAUAUAUACAUAUAUGAGUGCUUCAUAUUGAGCACUAUACAUUUACAUUUUAAGAUGUAUUUUGUUGUACACAAUUUCCAUGUAUAUGAUGAUUCAAUUCUUUCCUUCAUUCCAAUAGAUUAUAUAAUGCCAAAGUGUGAUAAAAUACUCACUUAUAUAUUCUUAUUGCUUUAAAUUUUUUCUUUUCUGUUAUUUCUGUUGAUGUGUUAUUUUAUCAACGAAUUACAUAAGAUUAUUUAUUGACAUUUAUUUAUUCAGGUCCAUUGACAUCGCCAUUGAUAUUGCAACAUGUUGCAGGUGAAUUAUUUCUAAUUAGGUUCAUUAUUUUUGUUGUUGUAUAUUUCAUUAUUGAAUCAGUCAUAUUGCCAUCCUUUGGCCACGCUUUUCUUAAUAAUUCGGAUAAUAUUCAUGACUCCUUUCAUCAUUUCACAUUCAUGUUAUUUCUGUUUUCAUUUCUAUAUUGUCUGUGAAAAUAAUUUUUGGCGUCAUCUAUAUAUAUAUAUAUAUAUAU